AUGACUGGGGGAUACCCUAACUACAUGAAAUCUGGAGAUUUCAACAAUGAUGGCAUAUCGGACUUAGCAGUGACGAUAGAGACUCCUUAUUACGGUAUCAAUAUGCUUGUCGGAAACGCAAAUAAGUCAUUUCAGACUCAAAUAAUGACACAGCUGUCCUACAUACGCGGUUUUAUGGCUUCGGGUGACUUUAAUCAUGAUAGUAAUCUUGAUCUUGUAGCUCCUGACGGGGGUCUGAGUGUAUUACUUGGAACCGGAAACGGGUCUUUUCAGAACCUGGUGAGUUACGCGACUGAUUACUUCAUCAUUGUUGUGUGUACGGCUGAUUUCAACAAUGAUGGAAAAUUGGAUCUGGCAAUAAGCAAAUGGCGUUGUUCGAGUUAUUGUGUCAGUGUACUGCUUGGAAAUGGUGAUGGAACUUUUCAGCCUGAGGUGAAUUACUCAAGUUCCUCAAAUCUUAACUAUAUGAUAUCUGAUGAUUUCAACAAUGAUGGUAAGAAGGAUCUAGUGAUAGUCUGCGAUGGUAGCCGAAGUGUUAAUAUACUCCUUGGAAACGGGAAUGGAACUUUUAUGACUCCAAAACUCAUUGUCACUGCUGAUAAUUCUGAAUUUGUGAUAUCAGGUGAUUUCAAUCAUGAUGGAAAUUUGGAUUUGGCAGCGGCCCACAUAGUCCCUUAUGUCAUUGGUGUACUACUUGGGUACGGUAAUGGUCACUUUAGCAAUGAAUCUUUAUACAGUACUGAAACGGUUACAAAUUCUAUGAUAACGGGCGAUUUUAAUAUGGGUGGCAAUCUAGACUUUGCAGUCUCAUACAUUAACACGAACGAAAUGGGUCUUUUUAUUGGAAACGCAGUAGUGUCGAACUUGAAAGUUGAGUUCAACUGA